AUCGCGUUAAUUUAUGGAAUUUCGCUCGUUUGAGUCAAAGCAAGAGACAUUUUUCAUCAAGUCACGCAAAAUUUACGAGAAAUCCAGUGACAGGAAGAGCAAAAAACAAAAUUACAAAAGAUAGACAAAAAAAACUUUGCUGGAGUUCUCACAAACGAUCCGAGAUUUCAUCAGAUUUUUGCAUUUAAUGAAGAAACUGAAGAUCAUUCGCUGAAUUAAACGAGAAAAACAUAAAAUUUUUAAAGAAUUUCAAGUUUUAACGAAAAUUUCCGUGGAAAGGCACCAAGUGUGAGUCAUAAAAAGGACAUCAAAACGGGAAUUUACGUAAAAAACUGUUAAACGCUGCAGUUGUGCAGUCAAAGCUCGCAGAGUCAACAUCAGUGACCGAUAAAAGGAUUAAAAGGACUUUACAAAUCGUGAAAAUCCAGCAUCAAACAACAGAUUCGUACACCCACGACCUGCACGGGACGUACGAGAAUGUCAAGGAAAAUCAUAACAAAAUCGAAUUAAAAUACAAAAGAUUGUAAUGUCGUACCAGCUAAUAUUUUGUAACUUGUGUAAACUUCAAAGCGAACUACGAAGGGAGAAAACUUAAGAGAAAAAGUAUGUCCCAAAAGGGGAAAAGGCCGUCGCAGCAACGGCCCGAAAAUGACGGCGAUCCGCCCGUAAAACGCCGCAAGGGCAGACCGCCGGGAUCCACAAACAAGGAUCACAGUAAAAAUGCUGCCUCCUCAUCGGCAUCCGCGGCGGCGCUCGCGGAUCACAACAACAGCAGCGACAACGGACUGUCGUCGUCGCAUGCCGCCGCAGCAAUUGCCUCCACGUCAAAGUCAUGGCAACCCAAACCACAUAACGAUCUAAAGAGUAUCUACAAUCGGAGUGCGCCCGAAGCACCUGCCGAGCUGUUCCGCAAGGACUUAAUCAGUGCCAUGAAGCUACCGGAUUCCGAGCCGCUGUCGCACGACGAGUACUGGCUCAUUGUCGACCAGUGGAAACAGGAGUGGGAACGGGGCGUUCAAGUGCCCGUCAAUCCCGAUGCCCUGCCGCAAGCAACUGUCAACAACAUUCGGGAGAAUUACAUUCAACGGGGACGACAGGACUUUAAAUUGCCAAAAAAUAAAUACAUUCGAAUAACGAAAGACGAAAGUUUCUCACAUGAACAACACUAUUUAUCACACACGCCAGCGAUGGCAGAGUCUGUUUGUGCAUACGACCUCGACCAAUGUGACGAAGCUUGGCUCAAGAUUUGCAAUGGAGAACGUGCAUUAAGUGGACUUUCGCCCAUCUCAGAUACGCAGUUUGAGAGAGUCGUCGAAGAAUUAGAGGUUCGGUGUUGGGAUAAAAUCCAUUCAAUAUUGAAGAACGAAGAAGGAUUCGGGAUCGAGUAUGACGAAAAUGUCAUAUGUGAUGUGUGUCGAUCGCCGGAUUCGGAAGAAGCUAAUGAAAUGGUCUUUUGUGAUAAUUGCAAUAUUUGUGUACAUCAAGCAUGUUAUGGAAUUACAGCAAUACCAUCAGGUCAAUGGUUGUGUCGAACAUGUACAACGGGCAUCAAACCCGAUUGUGUGUUGUGCCCGAACAAAGGCGGUGCUAUGAAAUCGACAAAAUCCGGCACAAAAUGGGCUCACGUCUCGUGCGCCCUGUGGAUACCCGAAGUGAGUAUCGGAUCUGUGGACCGCAUGGAGCCCAUUACGAAAAUUUCAAACAUUCCGCAAAGUCGAUGGGCGCUCAAUUGCAUCCUGUGUCGCGAAAAAGUGGGCGCCUGCAUCCAGUGCAGCGUAAAAACGUGCAAAACCGCGUAUCAUGUGACGUGCGCCUUCCAACACGGCCUCGAAAUGCGUGCAAUUAUCGAAGACGAACACAAUGAGGACGGAGUCAAACUCCGGAGCUAUUGCCAGAAACACAGUACGACAAAGACGAAGAAAGACGGCAAAACGACAAGUAGCAGUAACAGCAAUAAGACGUCCACAAAUGCAUCGGCAACGGGCAGCGGCACCGAAGGCGAAGACGGCGACGGCAACAAAAGGCGUAGAACGCGAAAGGAAAUGACGACGGAGGAACGGAAUCAGGUGCGUGCCGCACGUCUCGCCGAAAUCGAAUCUGAGUUUCAUAAGCAUGUAAAUAUUAAGGAUAUCAGUUGUCACUUACUCGACAUUGACCAAGAAGGUAUUAAUUAUAUUUACAAUUAUUGGAUAUUAAAGCGUAAAUCAGGUAAUAAUCGUCCCUUGUUACCACCAAAGAACGAAGACGCCGAAUUGGCGUCGCAAAAGGAAGAGAAUCAAGAGCAGGAAAAGAUGCGAAUGUUUGUUCAGCUACGCCAAGACCUGGAACGUGUCCGUAACUUGUGUUACAUGGUUAGUAGACGCGAAAAGUUGUCACGUUCCUUCUUCAAGUUGCGCGAACAAACAUUUCACAAGCAAGUCGGCAUCCUUGCUGACCUGCGACACAAUAGCAGUAGUAAUAGUAGUAAGAAAUUAUUAGAUGAUUCAGUUGUAAAUGCAGUUAUAGAGGCAAAUCAUGGCCCAUCCAUCUACGAUAAACUUUAUUCAAGUGAUUCAGUUAGUAAUAUUCAUAGUAAUCAUAGUAGUAGUGAAGUAGCUAAUAAUAUUGAUGUUAUGAUAGAUCGUCUAAUGAAUAUAACGAGCAGCAGUAGUAGGUCGCAUAAGUCGCCGCGACAGGCGACCAGCAGCAUAGACUUAGGCAGUAACUCUAGUUUAGACAAGAUUAACUUAUCUCCGCAUAAAUCGCGUCAAUCUGUAGAUAUUAAUGGUAUUAACAAUAACAAUAAGAAAAAUCUCAGUAGUAGCAAGUCCAGCAGCAACAACACCUCAGACAAUCUUUUCAAGCGCGCCACGUACGUCAAUGGCACGACAACGUCGCGACGCAGCGCCAGUCUGUACAGCAGCACGGGCUUCUCAAGUGAUAGUGAUCGCAGUAGGACGAGACGCACAUUGCGUGGCGGUGCGAAUCUCUCGGCGGCUUCCUCUUCCGACGAAAAUGACGAAGAGAAUCGCGCGCGACGACGACAAUCAGCUGCUACGCCAAUUGUCACGUCGCCCAAAUCAGCCAGCGGCAAAGCAAUUACGGCGCGUCGACGAAGUCAGAACACAAAAACGCUCGAACGGAAACGCCGACGAGAUGCCAAACAAGAAUCUACCGGAAAAUACAAAUCGAAUGCCCUUGUCGACACUUCGAGUGACGACGAAACCAACAAUCAGAGGUUUAAUAAUGCCCGAUCGCCGCGAAAUCGAACGUUGCAACAAAUGGAGAAGGAGUUGCACGACGAAAGAUCGCAUCUGAGUGAUAGCACAGAUAGCGACGAACUAACGGGCAUUUGUUACAAACCUACAUCGUACUCGCACACAACAAAAGUCUCGAAUGCCAUUUACUCCGAUAGCGAUUCCACGGAUAAAGACAAGACGGAUAACACGGCAUCCGAUUCGCAGCAACAUCCGUUCCGCACGAAAGCAGCAAUGAAGGAAUUUAACUUGAAUGCUGUGAGUAGCGCGAGUGCUUUGACGACGGGAACGACAACGACGACGACAACAAGUCCGUUAGCGAAAACCAAACAACCGCCAAAGGGUAUUUUGAAAAAUGCCGGCGAGAAAUCGUCUGUUCUAGUUACCAAUUUAGACCAUAACAAGGAGAAAAGUAGUAAAAGUAGGUCGGAAAAGUCGGCGUCAAAGAAAGAUUUUCCCGCCGAUUUACUUGUAGUGCCACAGCGACAAGCAGCGAAGAAAGCUUCGGAAAAUCUCAUGCGAACGAAUCCGGUGGUGCAACAAGUUUCGACGUUCAACAAGAAAGACAGCAGCAAAAAUUCCGAUGUCGAAACGAAUUACGACUCGAAAUUAUCGCGCGUUUCAUCCGUGGAUGAAAUGUCCGAUAGAAAGAGUCAAAAAUCGAAAAAGACACUUCAACGACAGGAAAGUAACUCUUCUGAUCGUGAAAGUAGUAAGAAAGAUUCGAAAACGACAUCGUCGUCGAAGAAGGAAAAUUCGUUCAUUGAAGCGCUUCCGUAUGUGCCGCAGAGACAAGCGGCGAAAAAGGCUGCUGAACACAUCAAAAGUACCGUACUCAAGCCAUCGGAAACGGCAGUUGUGGCUCCUGCAGCAGCAGCGCCCGAGCCAGAAGUUAAAACUCCCACAAAACGUACUUCCUCCUCCAAGACGAAAGACGAGAAAAAUGACGCGAGCGAUAGUAGUUCAUCCGAAUCGGAUUCCAGUAGUUCAUCUGGUAGCUCUUCAGGCUCCGGAUCGAAAUCCUCUUCGAGUUCGUCGGAUGACAGUGAACCGUCGCCCGCUCCUCCCGCCAAAGUCACACAAAAACGUCAGUCGACAAGCAACCAAAAAGCGGCAAGCGUCAUUUCGAGUCGUCGAACGAGUGACAAAGCCAAGGACUUGCCCUUUCUCGACAAGGGGAACAAGUCUGCCGGCACUGUCUUUUGUUCCUCCGAGAGUGACUCCGAUUCGAAGAGUAGCAGCGACGCGAGUGUCGAGUCGCAAAAACGCACCGUUCCCGCCAAAAUUACCAAACGCAAGUCUUCGAGUGCGGUAUCGCACAAAAGUACUUCCAGCGGUGUGGGAACGUCGACAGGCACGAAUGCCAGUAGUAGUAACACGGGUAGACCUCGUGGAAGGCCUCGCACGAAAUCCGUGUUCAAAGAGAACGAGUCUUCCAGUCAGGGGUCUGUUAAAGAACCCGAAAUUAAAACUCCCACAAAGACGAAAGACGAGCCUGCGCGAAGAUUGUCGACAACAACAACUCCUUCGUCGACAAAUACGACACCCGCAAAAUCAACUACUCGCGGAAGACGAGACAGCAAAGUACAAAUUAGUGAAAAUGCGACGACACCUUCGUCUCGCAGAAGAACGUCUGAUGUUAGUACGAGUGAAACGACGUCUCCCGCUGUGGAUGCCAAGCCAAGAAGGCAUUCCACGCGACGAGAUUCUCUCACGAGUCCCCUUAAAGACAAAAUUUCUGCAGCAAGUGAAUCAAGAGUCACCGAUAAGAAAGAUCUUGAAGACACAGACGACACCAAAACAACAAGAAAACGUAAAUUAUCUACAACAAUCACUCAACCAGAAGACGAAGAAAAAUCCAAACCCGAAAAAUCUGAAAAAUCACCUGAAAGAGAACUUCCAACAACAAAGACAGACGAGACAAAUGACAAAACCGGUAUCGUCACACCUACGAAGCGCGAAUCGGAUCCGAUUGUGAAUGAAUUACCUUCCACGGAGGCAAUUAUUGACAAAGUCAAGACACCAGUGAAGGAACUCGAAAACUCGUCGAGACCUGAAUCGAGAUUGUCGAAUCCGACACCCGAAAAACACAAGUCUCCUGUGAAGAAACCAACGAGAACGAGUUCCGACAUGGAAAUUGAUCCAAUGAAUUCGCCGCCGUACAUCGCUCAACUCACAAGUCAAAAGAUUCCCGAGCCUUCGACGAAAAUUUCUGACAUUUCCAAAAAUAAUGGUCCCAAAUCGAUCUUUGAUCUCAAUGAUGAUCUUGCCGAUACGACAGAACCGCAUUUCGAAGUUCCCCCAACGCCGUUGGCUUUCACGUCGCAUCACAAUGAUUGGCUGAAAGUCGAUGCGAAUGAAGAUACGCAACAGGCAACAAUGGAUUUGGUCCAGAAAUUGCGUCAGAAUAAGCAAAAGAAGCAAAAUCCUGACGCGAUGUUGUCUGAACAGGAUUUGAAUCAAAAGACAGACUUAAGUGCAUUAGAGUUGGAUAUCAAGAAACCAGAAGAUUCGCUUUUGGACUUGAACAAACCCGAAAAUGACGAUGUCUUUGAUCGCCCUCUCGAUAAACUCAAUCCUUGUCGAUUGGCGGGACUUAAUGCGACGCAAGAUACGAUCAUGUCGCAACAAAAGCAACAAUUACUCGGAAAUCAGGCGACAAAUUGCAUGGGAUCACCAAAUUUCAAUCAAGAUUCCUUCAUGUAUGGUCGUCGAUGGAACGAAGCAGAGAUCAUUGCGAGACGAAGAUCGGUUUCAUCAUCUCCCGCGUCGACAGUUUCCGACAAUACCGAAUUACAACAACAACAACAAUUGCAUCAAAAUCAACAAAAUCCAAUGAACGACAACAAGAAUCAGGCUCAAAUGCAUCAAAACAUUCCAUGUUCGCAACUUCCAACUAACCAAAACAUGCAACAAAUGCCACAAAUGAUGCCUUCGAAGCCAUUCGACAAUCAAGUUUCACAGCAGCAGCAGCAACAACAACCGAUGUUGUCACAAGAUCAGAUCCCGUUACAGAUGCAAAAUCAAAACCAAAUGCCUCAUGGUCAACAACCGAUGGUGACAUUCCCUCCAUUUAAUCAAAUGCAAAUGCCACAGCAGCAUCGCCCACUCAAACCGGAAUGCAUGUUCUUCAAUCAGCAACAGCAGCAAGGUCAGAAACCGCUUGGAGCAAGUCCCACUUAUCAAAUGGGUCCUCGCGGUAUGUUCCCCAAUGCUGCUAGUCGCAUGCCAAACAAAGAUAUGAACAUCCAAAAUUAUCGUCAAACGAAUCCCAUGUUCAUGAACAGCAAUGCGAACAUCUUGGAGAACAAUUUGCUUCCGAUGGGUUCACCAAAUGCCCAACCACAGCCCGAUUUGAAGAUCAAAUCUUCGCCGCAUAGCAAUAAAAAUGCCAUGAUGCAACCCGAUAUGAAUUUGCAACAACAACAAAAUCUGCUUCCGCCGCAACAAAUUCCGCAAGUUACGCAACAAACUCCCGCAAUUCCCGAUCGCAAAUCAUCCGUGCAGCAAUCCACCGUGUCACUUGCUGACAUCAAAAAAUCUCCCGCCAAAACGGCGCCGAAACUCAGUGUUCGCAAUACGUACCAACAAAACAUCGAAAAUAUGCAGAAUCAAGUUCGUUCGCCGCAUUUGAACACGAAAAUGAGUCCUGGCAAGAGUCCGCGACAAAUGGAUAUGAUAAACAAACAAGCGAACGAGAAGCGUGGCAAGGGAUCGACUACGAUGGGCGAACCGCCAGCUGUGAAGGGACGUCAAAAGAGCAAUAGCACGAAGAAUUCCGGUCAAAGUAAUCGUGGCAGGAAUUCGGGAGGCGGCAAUAAAAAAGGACGAACCAAACCGCUGCCAUUCAACGACUUUGAUUUUGGCGGCACAAAUCACAGUAAUUUGGCGGGAACAGCUUACGAUCUCGAUCUUGUCGAGGAGGAAAAUUACAAACUUGAGAACUUCCGUACUUCGUUGUUGCGCGAUCGCAAAAAGUCGAAUGACACAUCUUCCAUGGAUUACUUGAAAUCACGCGAACCAUCGCAAUCUCCCAAAUUUUCCAGUCCUAAAAAUCGUUCUGUUUACUCGUCGGCAGCGAAUACGCCAACUGCUGGUACAACGCCAUCUGGAAAUACGCCGUUGCAUCAACAAGGCCAUCAUCCAUUAAUGACUCCUGAGGUUAAUAACACUUCAACGCAUUCGAUGACGCCAAAUUCGAAUGUUUCGACGUCAUUACAUGACAUGGUGUUGCCUGUAUUGCCGGGACCUGUUGAUAUGAGAACUUAUAGUAGUUUCGAUAGUAGUGCGAAUAACGAAUUAUUUAACAAUCACUUACUUGGGGCAUUCGAUAGUGGAACUGCGGAUCACACAAUGGCUGAAAUUGACGAAGAAAUGGAGAAAGAAUUGCAAAGUGCUCUUAAGGCAAGCAAUUCUAAAGCCAAAGAAACGCCAGUUUCAACCACGAUCACGACCACAGAAUCCACAACAGUUACAAAUGCCACAAAUAGCAUAACGACAGUUGUGACGACAAAUAAAACAACUACUGUAACAGCAAUCGUGCCAGAACCAGUCGAAGAAGCUUCCGUUGAUUCUGAUACAAUGAAAGUUUCCUUCUCUGACUCACGAAAUCAGUUGAAACUCAAGAUCAAAGGUCCCUUGGCGCCCGAUGGUUAUUCGUCGUCAAGUUUCGUUCAAAAAACUGUCGAACAAUCGAUCUCACAAGCUCCAGCUCCUGCCUCUUCCGGCUUACGUCGCAUGCGUAAAAAGGAAUUGCUUCGGCAAUACUGGAAUCAAGACGCAAAUCUCGAUGAUCAAACGUCAUCGUCGAUGGGCGACACGAAUCCAAGUGUUCCUACAUACAGUUUGCCAAAUCGCGUGUCGGGCAUUCCAAAAGCCGUCGAUUCCAUGAGUUGCAUUCCAACGAAAGAAGAUUACAAAGAUUAUGCCGUUGUUGAUACGAAGAAACGGAAGAAGGUUAGUGGCUUGCAACGAGAGUUGCGACAAUUGACGGGCGUCGUGGAAGAUGAGACAGUUGAACGAAGACGAAGCAUCGGUGCGGGCAGUGAUAAAUCGUCGAAUGCCAGUACUUCGGGUCGAGGUCGUUUGAAUCGAUCGGGACCUGCAGUUGGCCAAACGUUGAAAAUGAAGAUCAAAAUCGGCAUGAAUUAUAUCGAGCCAGCUACGGAGGAAGUCAGACAAUCUGACAGACCGCCGAAGAAACGACAUGAGAACAUGGUGAAUUACAGUUUGGAGGACUUGCGACGCGACAGUUUGAACUUUCGCAAGCAAGUUUACGCGGAUUACGAUAAAAAGGACAAAGUCAAGGAAAAAGGGUCGGAUAAGGAGAAGAAAAAGAAGAAGAAGGAUAAGAAACGCAAGGUUGAGGUUAUUGAGAAUAAUCAGAAAUUCGUAUUGAAGAUCAAGAAACCGAAGUUGGAUGAGAAUCCAUCGACGGAAUCAGUUCUCAAACCAGAAGCUCCCGCAAAUGCGUUCGAUCCUAAUGCGAAAGAUCCCUUAUCAACGCCCUCUGCAUCCGAAACAGUCCCGAAACUCAAAUUGAAACUGUCAAGAACAUCUGGCACCACUGACAGCUACACCCUGGCAUCCAAAGAAAAGACUCCCGCGAAGAAACAGAACAAAAAACAAACGUCGACUUCCAAAACGAACAAUCAAAAAGGCACCAAAAAAGAAUCCGCUCCCAUAAAGAAACGCGAACUUACCGAAUGUCGUCUGCAACUAGAGAAAUUAGAUCAAGAUACAAUUAAAAAAUUCGUCUCAAAGACAAAUCCUUCAAAUUCUCCCUUGACGGCGGGCGGUAGUGACGUUGUCAAUGACAAUGACGCUGCUAAAGCUGACAAGACUCCUGUUGACUCGCAUUUAGGUGCUGCUAAUGAGAUUAAUAGUAAUUCUAACCUAAAUAUUAGAAGUAGUAGUAAUAAUAACACAAACCUUAGUGAAAGUUGUAAUUCGAAAAAAGAUGAGCCAGUUAACAUGCAGAAAAAUAGCGAACAAGAUACGGUGCAAAACUCGGGUGAUGCCAUAAAACCUCCCGCUGACCAAUCGAAAGAUUGCGAAGUGAGGUGAUAAGGCAACACUUUCUCUCCCCUUUAAAAAAAAAUAGAAUAGAAUUUUAAUAAAAAAAAAUGACGCGCGGCCUGAGAAAUUCUGAGCUUUUACUUGGCUACAUAGAUAGGAUCGAGGGAAAUACGUGGGGCGGGAAGUAGAAUAGCAUAGAAUUUGGACGAAUUUCUUAAAUAACAAAAAAAAAACUGAAAAAAUAAUUUUUUAAAAUAAAUAAAUUUGUAAAAAAAAACCUUUUUAGAAAAAAUCACAAAAAAAAUAAAUUAAUCAUAACUGACAGUAUUUUUUCAGUAAAACGCGUCUUCAGGUCAAUUAUAAAAAUAGAAAAAUAAAAAAAUCAGGUUUUUCAUUCGAGUUAGAACUUUUUUCCAUAUCAAUCAAAGCAAUUGAUCUCUUCUUUGUAAAAAAAUAAAAAUCUAUCUUCUCAAAAAAAAAUCCUACCACGUAACGGAAGAAGAGCAGGAAGAGACUCGCAGAUUUUUUCAGUUCCUUAAAUUAUUAACGGCUCUUUUCACUUUUAUUUUUCAUAUUUACUAACACCCGAAAAAAAAACAUUUAUUUAUGAUUUUACUUUUAAAACUGCAAUAAAUUUUAAUGAUAAUAUUUAAUGAACAAAAGUUACGUUUUAGAUAAAAAAAAAGAAAAGAUGAUAAAAAUACAUAAAAAGGCUGCUUUAUCAUUAAUAUUAUUUUAGUAAUAAAAAUGCUCCUUAUUUUUUUAAUUUGUUUGAAAAUUAUCUGUGAAUCAAA